GUGGUGAAGAACAACCUGAGCCCGGUGUAGCCCUUCACCGUGUCCCUGAGCUCACUGUGCAGCUGUGAGGAGAACCGGCCUCUGAAGGGCCUGGUCUGGGAUCACGACUCCCGCGGGAAGCAUGACUUCAUCGGAGAAUUCUCCACCACCUUCGCGGAGAUGCAGAAGGCCUUCGCGGACGACCGGGCCCAGUGGGACUGUGUCAACACCAAGUACAAGCACAGGAGGCGCAACUACAGGAACUCCGGGGUGGUGGUCCUGACCGGCCUGAAGCUCCACAGGGUCCACUCCUUCCUGGACUACAUCAUGGGCGGCUGCCAGAUCCACUGCACCGUGGCCAUUGACUUCACAGCCUCCAACGGUGACCCACGGAACAGCUGCUCCCUGCACCACAUCGACCCCGGCCAGCCCAACGAGUACCUGAGGGCGCUGCUGGCCGUGGGCGAGGUCUGCCAGGACUACGACAGCGACAAGAGGUUUUCUGCUUUGGGGUUUGGAGCCCGAAUCCCUCCCAAGUAUGAGGUGUCCCACGACUUUGCCAUCAACUUCAAUCCCGAGGAUGACGAGUGUGAGGGCAUCCAGGGCGUGGUAGAGGCCUACCAGAACUGCCUGCCCAAGGUCCAGCUCUACGGCCCCACCAACGUGGCACCCAUCAUCUCCAAGGUGGCCCGCAUGGCAGCGGCUGAGGAGCGCACGGGCCAGGCCUCUCAGUACUACAUCCUGCUGAUCCUGACGGACGGCGUGGUGACCGACAUGGCGGACACGCGGGAGGCCAUCGUGCGGGCCUCCCACCUCCCCAUGUCCAUCAUCAUCGUGGGCGUGGGCAACGCGGACUUCACAGACAUGCAGACUCUGGACGGGGAGGACGGCGUGCUGCGCUCCCCGCGGGGCGAGCCCGUGCUCCGGGACAUCGUGCAGUUCCUGCCCUUCCGUGAGCUCAAGAGCGCGUCCCCUGCGGCACUGGCCAAGUGUGUGCUGGCCGAGGUCCCCAGGCAGGUGGUGGAGUACUACAGCCACAAGGAGCUGCCUCCACGUGGCCUCGGCAGCCUCCCUGGAGAGGCCGGCCCCCGCUCGUCUCCUGAGGACGCCAGGCAGGGGGGCUGUGAGCAGGCUGCCCCCACGGCCUCUGUUUCCAGCACCUUUGGGGGCCCGUAAGCCCCUGAGACCCCCAGCAGCCCCCUGUCCCCGGCCCGGCACACCCCCUUCUGUUGUCCUGUCGUCCUGGGAGGGCAAGGGACCAAGGAACCAGGCCCAGCAGCAGCCCAGGCCCCUCCCUGCUGGAGCCAGGCGGUGUGCAUGUGGGUGCCCAGAGCAGGACGGGCCUGCCAGGCUCCAUGUUGGGGGCUCCUGUGUCUGCUCUCUGGACGGCAGCUGCCCCUGUGGACAUCUGAUGCCCGUCCUGGUCAUGGCCCUCUUUGCCCUGGCGGGUGACCCCCUCCACCCCACUGUGAGCAUCGCCUCCACAUCCCGGCCUCG